UGUACCAGCAGUAUGCGCGAAAAAGUGCGCACUGCGCAGUCUUAAGAACUCGUUUCUUCGAAAAUAAUUUAUUGCCAUUAUCCUAUACUAUUAAUCGAGAAAAUUAUGUUUAGAUGUUUAUAUGUUUGUAUUUCACCGGAUCUCGAAAACGGCUCUAACGAUUCUCACGAAAUUUGGCACAUAACAGGAUAUGUUUUGGCCAAAAUACCAUUAUCAAGUGUGAUAUAGUCAAAAAUGGGAGACAAACAACUCCCUCCAUUAUCCUCAACAAAAAAAGACGAAAAUCAGAGUACAGAGUGAUAGCAUUUUGAUAAGAGAGCCAGUUAAAAAUUCACACCAAGUCACUAUUAUGAUAUUCACUGUCAGCAUUCCUAGCCAAUGACGUCAGUGCGACUAAUUCAAACAAUGCUGACAGUUGAAAGUGAAUCUCACGAAGCUAACUGAGCUCAUUAGUUAUUAAUGAUGGAAUCAGCGCACUACUGAUUACUCAGCGUAUUAUUCAAUUCUCAACGUUCGUCGUGUUGACUGCUUGUGUAUAACGUACCGUACAGUAACUACUGUGUCUGCUUUGUGUCCAGUGUUAUUAUAAUAAGGAUUUUAAGAUCCGAGUUUUUUUAAUUUCAGUGUUAUUUCAUCAAUCUUGGACAGUUCAUGUAAACAUGUACUCAUGAAAAUGUAUGGAACCAAGAUACCUAGAAUACAGUAUUCUAGCUAGGUACGGUACCUACAUUGCAUGGACCAGUCAGAAUGGAUACCGUAGAUUUUUGAACGAAUCUCGGCAGGUGUGGCUGAAGACUAAUUCUGCUAGGAAUUUUGAGUGGCGAACAUAACAGAUCGGCAGACGCGCCGGAGUCUGAGUAGCGUUUGGGAUAGGAUGACUACUUGAAGUAAACAAUGUUAUAGAUAUGACUCAUUUUCAUCUAACCGUGGUGUUGAUUGUGCUCCAUCUCAGCUGUCAGCUGGGAGCUCUCCAAGAGUCAGAAUGCCUUAUUGACAAGAAACAAGCCGAGUGCUUUAUACCUUCCACAAUAAUGUGCAAUGAUUACCUGAAAAAACUUGUCAAGCAAAAUUCAGAUUGCAAUGAACUUGAUUGUAACUGCUCCAGUGGAAACAACUCAAGAUCUGCCAUACAGUUGACGAUGACUAACACGACUACAGGCAGUCUGACAGUUAGUUUCAAAUUGGUAGAAGAUAGAAUCAAUUUCAGAUUGGAGCAUUUCAACGAUCAUGUCUAUCAUAAACGACAAAUUGAAGUCAUAUUGAAAGUCAGCAGCAACACAAACAAAACAGAAUGUUACAGAGAAGGAAACGAGUUUGCUGAACUAAUGAGACGAAGGCUACUUUUGAUAAAGUGUGAUAAUUUGAACUUCAAUUGUGAUGAAGCAUCAGAUACAAUCGAUGUUGAUUUCAAAAACCUGCACACAGCUUGCUACCAAGUUGAGAUCCGACAUGACAAACAGGAGGACUUACCUUUUUCAGAAAACUACGAGUAUAAACCUUUCUAUUCAUGCCCAGCAUUUUUCGCAACAGGUCAUCCUUAUCCAAUCGAUGUAAGCCGCUUUCAUAAACCGGAAGUGGCUUGCCAAAUCCUGAACAAGAGUACAUUACACGUCAGUACAUGGCCUCUUAUCAGUAACGGAAGCAAAGAUCCUGAUCAAUACUUUAGCGUACUUGUUGAUGAAAAUGAUGAAACUAAUCGCAUUUAUCCAAAUAAAAGCCAUUUCCGAGUUUUGGAGAAUGGAAUGAUGAGCUACCAAUAUGACUCUCUGAAGCCAGGAAUCUAUUGUCAUGGAAUUCGUUACAUGGACGGCAGAUGUUUGCUGAGUGACACAUGCGAUGCCCUCCACGGAUGUGUAUGGACCCAUAAAAUAGUUGUAGUGGAAUCGCAGCCAUCAAACAGAUCAGACAAUUCUGACACAAUUUUAUUGGACAAUUCUCCCAUAGUAAGUUAUUGGCUUAUUAAGAUGUCUAUCUUCAUAAGCAUUGUAGCGGUACUACUGGUCCUUCUCUCAUGUGCUGUCAGGAAAAUAAGAAGGUUCCAGUAUCCAAAAGGUUAUUGGUAUCGAAAGAUAGAAAGUGAGGAGUUAUUAAUCAUGUUGAAUGAUCGAAAAUCAUCUGUCAUUCCGCUGACAACUAGAAAAAAGAUUCUAUUGCUGUAUCCUCGUGACUGUCGACUAAUAAUGCAAGCUAUGAUCAAACUGAGAUCGAUUCUUCAUCUUAACGGCUGUGAGGUUGUUGAUGUCUGGGACCCUAAACUAGCAGAGACAAUUCGAUCAGAUCCAAUAAGAUUUUUGCACAAGAAUAUUGAAGACGAGGCAAGAACCCCCAUCAUACUGGCAAGCCAUUGCUCCAAAUUGCUGUAUGAUAAAUAUAGUGAGACGAUAGUCGUCGAUUAUAAGGAGCCUGAAGAGUUCGAUAACCUUUUCCUUUACGGACUCAAGUGCAUAAGAGAGAACAUCGAGAAGAAAUACUUUGUAGUGAGAUUGGCAGAUCCAAGUUUUCUUGACAUGCCAUGUGAAGAAUCUCUUGACAUUGGUUUACCAUUAUCUGAGCUGAAUAUGCUUGAGAACUAUAAAUUGCCUUUGCAAUUGGAAGUGUUAAUCCUCAAUAUUCACGGAGCUGAAGUAGUUGACUUCGAGAAAGUCAAACUAAAUGGUACUAAAGAACACAUGGAAUUAAAAAAGCUGAUUAAUGAAUUCAGUGAAUACAGGUUGCAGAAUCCGAAUUACCUGCUCGAUGAAUUCAUUACAGUAACACCUAGAGACUACUUAUUAUGACAGUGGUGUUGAGUGUUUGGAUUGAUUUGACAAGGAGAAAAUCAAGAAUUUGUAAAUAUAGAAGUAGGAUGGAUUAUUAUAAGGGGAGUGUAUUAGUUGAUUUGGCAAGGGAAAAUUAUGACAGUUUUGCAAAUUUAUUUUGUUGUGGAUAGAGCUAACAUCUAUUCUUAAACGCGUGUGUAGUUAAGAGGCGAGGGUUUGAGAUGGAUGAGUGAACACUUUUGGUGAUUGAGAAACCACCUGAAAGUUAUUAGUUGCCACUAUUAGCUUGUAACCAAAGAUAAUAUAUUUCUUACCCAGAAAUGUCUCUUAAGGCUGUGCAAAGGCUAAAAAUAAACUAUCUACUCGUGAUAUUUUUCAAAGUUUUUCGAUUUGUAUAUCAUCAAGCUAUCAAAAUGGAAAA